UGAAGAGGAGGAAAACGGCUAAUUGGACUGGGUCGGACGCCUGCCAGCAGAUGGUGAAAGCGGUGUCGUCAAGCGACCGAUUAUGUCGCUGGCGGAGCGCUGCAAGAGGCACGUCGAGAGCGAAGGCGAGUACGAGUCGUCCGAGACCACUGUGGACGAAUGGGUAAAGGCCUCCGACGGUAACGUCCCGCGCAACUCCGUUGUCGGAGGUCAGAACUUGAAUGGCGAAAACUUCUACGUCGGCCGCAUCAUGCUGCGAGGAUACGUGCUUCCAGGCAAGGUGCUCACCUCAGCCAGGGUGUGCUUCGUAUCCCUGGAUCAGAUGGAGUUCUCGAGCAAUGUCUACGACGUGCUCACCAAGUCGCCCUCCACCCAAUAUGUUUGGGUCCGGAUGGGCGGGAGCGUAAUGCCUCGCAACGCCAUCGUGGGCGGGAGAACCCCUAGCGGGGAACUCCUGUACGUUGGCCGCCACGUGCACAAGGGAGAGGUCACGCCGGGCAAGGUGAUACCGUCCCAUCGCUGUAUCUACAUACCCUAUCUGGGAAAGGAGAUUCGCUACCGGGACUUCGAGCUGCUCGUUCAGGGAGAGUAUCCCUACUUCGAGCCGAGCAAGUCGAUGAAGUCUAAAGAUUCGGGGCAAGCCUCUGCUUCGGCGUCAACCACACCGUGACUGACUCUUGUCGAAGGAAAAAAAAAAAAAAGAAUGCCUUUUUCUUCUGAUAACUUUGGUGUUUUUUUAAACAGACCCUCAGGUGCUUAUUUUCUAGUCUAAAGUUCGUGUGUGAAGGUCAGAGUACAACUAAUCAGAGCGCCUUUUGGGUUAGACCUAGAAAAUGCCAUCAUUUGCAGUUUGUCUGCAGUUGAGUCUAAACCAACUAGCAGUGUUUAUUUUAUGACAGUCAUACAAAAUCCACCCUCUUUUGGUAGGCGUCUGUUCAUUUCAAAUCUAUUUUAAUGUUUUCGAAGAAGUGUUGCAACUGAAACAUUGUAUGGCCCUUCUCAGCAUCGGUACGGCCUAUAAUGUAACUCAUUUGACAACAAACUCCAAUUCCAUGUGACACAAUAAUUAUGUACAGCAUUAAAAAAAUAUA